AUGGCGCAAGCCACCCAGACAUCGGUCGUUGUCAUCGGCGGCUCCCUGGUGGGCCUCUCCACCGCCCUGUUCCUCUCUGACCGCGGAAUUCCCGUUGUGGUCAUCGAGCGUCACAAAGAUUCCUCGCUACACCCACGCGCAAUUGGCUACACCCACCGCACCAUCGAGCUGCUCCGGUCCGUCGGCAUCGAGGAUCGCAUCCCCGAUGACAAAUCCAAGACCAUACCCGGCAAACCCCGUCGCGUUAAAGUGGACAGUCUCUCCGGAAAGUGGUACGAUGAGACCCACUGGACGGCCAACCAGCCCCAGGGCAGCAAGCCCGCCGAAGGAAGUAACGGACCUCCCGGCGACGCAGGCCCCUUCUCUCCAAGCAAGGCCACGGCCAUCGCCCAGGACAACAUCGAGCCCAUCUUGCGCAAUCGUGCCGUGGAGCUCGGCGCCGACCUCCGCCUCGGUUGUAAGAUGACGUCCUUCUCCCAAGACCAAGACUACGUCACCGUAACCGCGACCGACGACUCCGGCGCCGAGUUCACCGUGCGGGCCAGAUACAUGGUAGCCUGCGACGGCGGCCGGUCCGCCGUCCGCGAGGCCCUCGGCAUCAAGCAGACCGGCGUGGGCCACCUCCGCACCCUGCGCAGCAUCCUGUUCCGCUGCCCGCCCAUCAACAAGUACCUAGAACGCGGCUUCGUGCAGUUCGCCUACGACACCCCCGAGUUCGAGGGCUUCCUCACCACCUACAUGGACGGCCGCUGGGCGCUCAUGACCACCAUCACAGACCCCUCCACGCCCACCCCCUCCGACGCCGCCCAGCGCGCCCUAAUCCGCCUCGCCGCCGGCCCCAACGAGCCCCUACAGGACAGCGACAUCACCCUCCUAGCCGAGGGCCAAUGGGAGCUAAGCGCGCUGAUCGCCUCCUCCUUCACGUCGGGCCGCGUGCACCUCGCGGGCGACGCGGCGCACACGCUGCCGCCCAACCGCGGCGGCUACGGGGCCAACACGGGGAUCGCCGACGCGCACAACAUCGCGUGGAAAAUCGCCGCGGUGCUGGCGGGAAGGGCGCGGCCGGAUUUGCUCGACACGUACGACGCCGAGCGUAGGCCCGUCGCGGUCACGCGGCAUGACCAGAUUUUCGCCCGGCCGGAUUACAGGCAGUACCUGCGGCCUGGGUCCGAGUGGCUCGAUAAGGAGAUUCCCGUCUUGGACGAUGUUGCUAUGGAGCUGGGGCAGAUUUAUCGCUCCGACGCUGUCAUUGGGGCUGACUCGAGCCUGCCUGAUGCUCGGAGGCCGGACGAGUGGGCUGGCCAGCCGGGCACUCGGGCGCCGCAUCUGUGGUUGAGCAAGGCUGGUGGUGAUAAGGUCUCGACGCUGGAUGUGAUUGGGAAGGACUGGGUGCUUAUUUCUGAAGAUGGGUCUUGGGCGGAAGCAGCAGGGAAGUCGGACAAUUGCGGGUUUGUCCAGAUUGGCGGUGAGGAUCUGCACCCGGUCGACGGCGAGGAGGCGUUUCGCAAGGCUUUUGGUCUAGAGGCUUCAGGGGCUGCGCUCAUUCGGCCGGACGGCUUUGUCGCUUGGAGAGCGGUGCAGAAGCCUGCUUCUGCUAUUGCCGAUUUCCUCGAGGCCUUUGGCAAGGUUUCUCACGCGGCUUGAAUAAUGUACAUUCCUUGAUUUUACGGCUUGAUGUAGACAUUUGGAGCGGGGUUUUGUUUUGCGUGUUCAUUAUAGAUCUGUCCAGCAAUAUAUUGGCUUCUUAGUGUCG